AUGGUCAUUCGCACCAUUCACGAUCUGAACGCCCGACGACUGGUCUUGCCGCCGGCUCAGUCCAGCCCCUCUACGGACACGGAGCGCUUUUCUCUCGCAGAUGCUGGUCAUCUGAAGCUAAAGCUACAAGCUCUCGAUCGCGCCAUAUCGAGCAUACGGCCAGAUAGUCCUAGCGAAGAUGAUAUUACCAAUAUUGACGAUGCCUGCAAAACAAACCCAUCUGGAGGAUCAGUCUACGUCGCUGGCUCGGAGAGGUUCUACCUCGUAGUAAAAGGCCUCACGGGGCCGCGCGCCACCGCCGAUGCUUAUGCUGAAGCAUACAAGAACGUCCUGCAAGGCAGGCCCUAUGCUAAUAAGUACAAGCUAUCCGGGUGGGCGGGGCCACCACCCAUAUUCUCAGAGAUACGCCCCCUACUACGAGAUAUUGACAUUGCCUGCGAAACCAACCUCGAAAGCGCCUUUGCCAUACUUGAGGAAAGAGCCAAACCCUUUCCCUUCCUCCGACUUCCCGCUGAGCUCCGCCUCCACACGUACUCGUUCCUUCUUCCCCCGGGGCCUCGCAUCGUCCUUGACCCUUCACGUCAACACGUCACGCGUCCACGCCUCAACAUCAUGCGAACCAACAGGCAGAUACACAAUGAAGUGAGGAAGCUCUUCUACGGGAGCCGAAGAAUGUUCAUUCAAGUGGAACCCGGCCUUAUGGACAAAGAAAGCGCAAUAAAAUAUGGCCACGGCCUCAAGUGUUUACACAUGUCAACUACAAUAAACCCGACUAUCCUGCAGCUUCUGAAAGAGCUGGAAUUUCAGUUCCGUAAAGAUCCAUCCGGCGGGUGUUACCCCUCAAAAUCAUGGAUGAACCCCAUGGGCCGCAUAUACUACAUGCUCAAGCUUGAGCGUAUCAGUAUCACCUUCACGGAGAGUGAAUUCUACCGCUUAACUGCAGCGGGGUCUACGGAUCCUAAAGCUUUGGAAGAAAGUGGACAGCUGCGCGACUCGGCGAUGGAGACAACAUCACCACCAGGCCACGACGGGGCUACAGGCAGCGCUCUUCCAUAUGCUGACAGUCGUCUGGGAAAACUACCCACAGAGCUUCUUCAGUCCGUUGUCCAUCAUUGCUCGCACUUCCGACCUCCCAGCAUCGCAUGCAUAAGCCCUGAGCUGCGCGCGCUUGUCGAACGACAGCUGUAUCGCGACGUGGUCCUAGGCCGGUACAGUGUGUGGGCCAGCGCGCCACGAGAUCUAUGGCUAUUCUACCGGACAAUCCUGUCGCGGCCAGAUCUAUCCAGGAAGACCGAAAAUCUCGACAUCAAAGUCGUUGACCGCAUGAUGAGUAUCGAGGUCCCCACGCUUGGUGUUGUACCACAGGGCGCGAUGUUCCCCUCUACCAUCCGAGCAGAAAUAGAAGAAAUUCGCAUCGCUUGCGCUCUCCUUUUCUGGCAAAUGACCGAGCUCAAAUGUCUUAGCUUGUCGAUUGUACGUGCCGACGAGGACGACGAUGGCAGGCCCAGGGUCGUUUCCAAGUGCUUGAGCAAACUCAUCUCCCAUUUCGAUAAUCGCACAGCACAUCUCACGACAUUCCCUGGACUGCAAAAGCUACGAAGCCUCAAAUUCGAAGGCACCGAGUUCCAUUGGAUACUCGCCAGGUCCCCACAUCUGGAGGAGAUUGUUCUUACCCGUGCCAGCCACAUUCUGGCCGACGGAGCCUCGUCUGCGAUCAAUUCUGCUGUCAAAUUUCUUACAAUCCCGGUGCAAUCCGCCGUUCUCAAUCCAGAUUGUAGUCAGUACGACGCCUUGUUUCCCUUCCUCGCACACUUUCCUCACUUGGAAACUCUGCGUAUGCCUUUCAACGAUGACGACGACACAGUGGCCGGAACCCGUUCAAACUUCAAUCUCGCGCGCGAUGAUGAGGGCAGCUAUACUAUCCUAUUUCAGAAGCUCAUGUCAGUAGCACCUGUCUUGACAAGACUGGAACUAGACGCAUCCACUCACUGCAGUGAGGAGGACACCAGCUUUCUAGACCACGUACUACCCGCAGAUGGCUUCCUUAUUUUCAAGGCGCUCAAGCAUCUUUUGGUACCUUAUCAAUGCCUCUUCGGACGGAGCGAGCCACAAUGGGCGCAUAUCCAGCAACCGGCGGAUGAGAUGCUGCCACCAACUCUUGAGACCUUGGAGGUCCAUUUCCCAGAACUUGCAUUCCUUGACUGGCUUACCACGUUAUCUUACUAUCGGAAACAGCUUCCUGUGCUGGAGCACAUUGGAAUCGCUUGUUCAAGCUGGAUUGGAGGCUCAUAUGUUGACUUUGCGUUUACUUCGUAUCCGCACCCCGCGCUGGACAUCCUUUCCUCACUGGGCAUCGAUUGGAGUAUUGAUGUUCCACAGUGUUGCUGGAGGCAGGCAUGGGACGACUAUGAUCUCCGGGCUUGGGAUGCAGUUGCGUGGAUGGAUAGGACUUUUGGUCCUUCGUAUCGUGGCACCGUCUACAACCCCACUCCUGGUGACAACUCUGAGCUAGAUCCCCCCUCAAUCAUCAUCGGGGAAGAAGCAAAGAGCGCAGAUACAGUCGGAGUUGCUCCUGGUGCUGUGGUAGCGGAUGAUGAUGACGGAGACUCCUCUGUCUCGCAAUUUACUGCCGUCGAACUAGCUAUCCUGUGGGAAGCAAGCACUACCCUGCUCUACGAAUGA